GCUAGCAUCGUGCGUCGUCGUCUCCGGUGACUAGCUUGCAAGCGAUCGUACGUAGUAGGAGCGCUGCUCAGGUAGCUAUAGCAAAGAGCAAGGGUUAGCCGCAAUGGCGAAGCUGGUGGACAAGGCGAAGGGGUUCGUGGCCGACAAGGUGGCGAAGGUCGAGAAGCCGGAGGCGGAGCUCGCCGACCUGUCGGUGGGCCACGUGGGCCGCGACGGCGCGACCCUCGCCGGGCGCAUCGACGUGCGCAACCCCUACUCGCACGCGAUCCCGGUGUGCGAGAUCAGCUACUCGCUGAGGAGCGCGGGGCGGGAGGUGGCGUCGGGGAAGAUGCCCGACCCGGGGUCCCUCAUCGCCAGGGACACCACGCGCCUCGACGUGCCCGUGAAGGUGCCCUACGACUUCCUCGUCAGCCUCGUCAGGGACGCGGGGAGGGACUGGGACAUCGACUACGAGAUGCGCGUCGGGCUCACCGUCGACCUCCCCGUCGUCGGCAACCUCACGCUGCCGCUCACCAAGUCCGGCGAGCUCAAGCUCCCGACGCUCUCCACCAUCUUCUAGGAGAUGGGUCAUCCGAUGAAUCUCGAUCGAUGAAUAAAUAGCGUGUGUGUGAAAGUACAGCAGCCUUCAGCAGUAUGUAUGUUGGCUCUGCCAACUAAAAUAAUGUCUAUUAUCGAAGUUGAGAGGGUUUAUUGUUAAA